AUGGGUCCUCGGUACGGGUCAAGGACUCAGCUCCUGUACUCGGAUCCAUCCUGCCUCACCCCUGUGGACUACAAUAGAACAGCCCAACUGAAUAGUUCAGCCCUCCCCUCCAUCUUACCCCUUUCCCUGACGCCUGCCGAACAACUCCCAGCAUGCAGUGGGAUCAGCUUGGCAACCGUGACCUACACAGUACAUUACGUCCUUCUGAAUGAAAGCGAGACUGCAAAGGACUGUGGGAAUGGACUCGUCUGUGCAAACAAGACCACCCAGAGUUUGCUGACAAGCGUCACCGGAUUACGGCCGUACUCCCACUACCUUGUCCAAAUUUCCGCUCACAACUUCUACACCAGGAAGGAACCUGUUCUCGGCCCGUCUACAACUCUACAGACGGCCAUCGGUGUCCCCUCUCCCGCUGUAAACGUCUCCACCACACCCAUGCUUCCCGACUGGGUCGAUGUGUUCUGGUCCAAGCCACUCGUACUGAACGGCCCUCUGGAAGGGAUCAUGUACAGGGUGCAGUACCAGACAGAUCCAGCAGAUGGCUCUGGUGUACAGGAGAUUAGGGACAAUGUGGUCCCAACACCCACAGGGUAUAAAGCAAGCAUAGGAGGACUGAGGCCUGCCAGGAACUAUACAUUUAAGGUACAAACCCUGAGAUACAAACAUCAAUGA